AUGGCGCUAACACGCUUCGAACGGUUCCAAGCCUGGCUUCUGCGCACUUUUUUGAGCGUGCUAUUUUUCUUCUUUCGGCUGCUCGAGCCUCGACGGUCUGGCGGGUCUUCCAGACUGGCACCUAUCACCAACCCUCUCCUAAUGGUCUCGGGUAUGAAGCUGGCGCAGAAGAUUCGCCAUAGAGAGGUGACAAGCGUGGAGGUGGUGCAGGCCUACAUUGACAGGAUCCAGGAAGUCAAUCCCAUGAUCAACGCCAUGGUCAAAGACAGAUUCCCAGCUGCUCUACAGGAAGCCGCCCAAGUGGACAAGCUGAUCAGCGAGGAGGAGGGAGGAGAGGAUGUUUUGGAGGACCGGCUCCCCCUGCUGGGCGUUCCAUUCACUGUCAAAGAGGCCUUCGCUCUCCAGGGCAUGCCUAAUUCUUGUGGUCUGGUGACCAGGAGGGGGGUCAUUUCAGGGGCGGACGCGCCCCCCGUGGCUCUCCUGAAGAGGGCGGGCGGGAUCCCGCUCGGCGUCACGAACUGCAGCGAGCUCUGCAUGUGGUCCGAGUCCCACAACCGGCUCUACGGCAUCACCAGAAAUCCCUACGACACGGACCGAAUUCCCGGGGGCAGCUCCGGCGGAGAGGGCAGUAUUUUGGGGAGUGGAGGAUCAGUAAUAGGAGUAGGUUCAGAUAUUGGGGGUAGUAUCCGCAUGCCUGCCUUCUUCAACGGCAUCUUCGGACACAAGCCAACCCCAGGCAUCGUCUCUAAUGAUGGUCAGUUCCCUCCGACUUCGGGGCUGCACGAGGACUUCCUGAGCGCCGGACCCAUGUGUCGCUUCGCCGAGGACCUGCUGCCCGUGCUUCAGAUCAUGGCGGGACCCAACGCUCACAGGCUGUCACUGUCCUCAGAGGUGGACCUCAGGAAGCUGCGUUUCUUCUCCGUGCCCCAUGACGGCGGCUCUCCGAUAGUGUCACCUGUGGAGGAGGAGCUCCUCCAGAUCCAAACAAAGGUGGUGAAGCAUCUGCAGGAUGACCUAGGGGUCGAGGUUCAAGAGCUGCACUUCCCUCAGCUGAAGUACUCCUAUCAGAUCUGGGAUGCCAUGAUGGCCGCACCGGACAAGGAUGGGAAGCCUCCCCGGCCCUUCGUGGAGUUCAUGGCGGACCACGGGAAGAAGGUGUGGCCUCUCUGGGAGCUGGCCAAGUGGAUGCUGGGAUUAUCCUCGCACACAAUGGCAGCCAUCGCUCUGGCCCUGUUGGAGAUGGUGCAGAGCUCUCAGCCACGCCCGUUUUUAAUACAUCUGAAGGAGGAGCUUCAGAGGGAGCUGGAGGAGGUGCUGGGAGCUGACGGAGUGCUGCUGUACCCCUCGCACCCCCGCAUCGCCCCUAAGCACCACCACCCCCUGUUCACCCCUUUCAACUUUGCCUACACAGGGAUCUUCAACACCCUGGGCCUGCCAGUGACGCAGUGCCCACUGGGGCUGAGUCAGGACGGCCUUCCCCUGGGCAUACAGGUGGUCGCAGGGAAGCUCCAUGACAGGCUGUCCCUGGCCAUGGCGCUGUACCUGGAGAGAGCCUUCGGUGGCUGGAGGGACCCUGGCGCCUGCUGAACCCCCGUCACGCACCACACUCCGACGCCUCCUCACCAUUUCAUUCGACCUGCUAUAUAGAGUCCAUCCACAUGCAUGAUCUCCUUCCGCCAUCUGAGUGCUGGAACCUGCCGGAUAAUGCUCUCCCCUGCUUCUGAUGCAGGUGCACCUGAACAGUGCUGCUAAUUACAGACCCAUUACAUUACAUUACAUUACUCUCGUUGCGGGGCCGGCCCUGGCCAAUGGAGACACACGCCCCGUAAAACUACCCCGGGCCCCAUUCCAAUGGAAACACGCCUAAUGCUACACUACUUCCCCAUCCUACCUAUCUUGCUCCUCAGCACCUGGGCAACCUCACCUGGUUGAACGUGGGCCGCGAGCAGGUGUCGCCACGGAGACGGCGGGACGUCUGAACCUUGCAAUCACUUGGCGGCCUCCGUUUCUGUCCGUCUGUCUUGUCUCCAGUGGGCUCC